GGGAAGUGACGUGUGCGGACAAAGGCAGCGCGCGCCGCGGGGUGUAGUGUUUGUCGGUGGUCUGGCGGAGCUGGUGGUGGGCUUGUGGGUUCUUCGCUGCCGCCCCCGGCCGCCUUCCCUUCUUCUUUCCCGUCCUCUUCUCCCGGGUCCCGGGAGCCCCCGCCCGGGGGCCUCGCUCAGGUUGCCUUCUCUCGGCUGCUCCUCCAUCUGCCAUUCGGAAGGGAGUCCUCCAUUCUUUUGAGUUUCCACAGGACUUUCGGCUCAAGGCACUGUUGCUGAGUUUGGUGCCUGAGCUGACUCGGUUGGUGACAGCAUGACAAGUGAGGUGAUAGAAGACGAGAAACAGUUCUAUUCGAAGGCCAAGACGUACUGGAAGGAAGUCCCGCCCACAGUGGACGGCAUGCUCGGGGGGUAUGGCCACAUCUCCAGCAUCGACAUCAGCAGCUCCCGGAAGUUCCUGCAGAGGUUUUUGAGGGAAGGCCCAAACAAGACGGGGACCUCCUGUGCCCUGGACUGCGGGGCUGGCAUAGGCAGGAUCACCAAGCGACUGCUGCUGCCACUCUUCACGGUGGUGGACAUGGUGGAUGUGACAGAAGACUUUCUGGUCAAAGCCAGGACAUACCUGGGGGACGAGGGCAAGAGGGUGAGGAACUACUUCUGCUGCGGCCUCCAGGACUUCAGCCCUGAGCCCAGCUCCUAUGAUGUCAUCUGGAUCCAGUGGGUGAUAGGCCACCUGACUGAUCAGCACCUGGCGGAGUUCCUGCGGCGCUGCAAGCAGGGCCUGCGCCCCAACGGCAUCAUCGUCAUCAAAGACAACAUGGCCCAGGAGGGCGUGAUCCUGGACGACGUGGACAGCAGCGUGUGCCGGGACCUCGAGGUGGUCCACAGGAUCGUCCGCAGCGCAGGCCUCAGCCUCCUAGCCCAGGAGCGCCAGGAGAACCUCCCCGAUGAGAUCUACCACGUCUACAGCUUAGCCCUGAGAUGAGCAGGGGAUGGCCGGAGAAAGGGACCAGUGCGGGGUGGGGGGCUGGCAGCCGGGCAAGACCCAGAGGCUCCAUGAUGAUGGUUCGGGAGUGCUGAGCGAGACUGCUAAAUAUACCUGUCUGCCGUCCAUCACUAGACUCUUUCUCAAAAGGCAUAAUGGGACCCAGUGGGGAGGGGUGCCACUGAACAGAGUGUGAGGCUGGAGCCUGGCUCUGCGGCCCUGAGAGGCUGGGACCGGGCAGUGCAGACCAUGGGACUCCAGGGCCCCUGGGGCUCCCCACGUGAGAAUACAGUGAUCCCACCAGAAGUGGGAGGUUUUCUGGAUCUCCCUUUUUCAACCACCUAGCCUUCCAGCCACAGGCCUGGGUGCCUUAAGAGGAAGAGAACUCUCGGUUGUUGAGGACUUUUUCCCUUGGGGGGAGGAGAGGAGCCAGGCCGUGGAGCCUGCAGCUGCCAGGGAUACUCAUGUUCUGAGGCCUGUUUGGUGAUGGGAGCCCUGGUGUCCCUGACGUGACUGUCACAACGGGCUACAGCAAGGGAAGUCUGCAGCCUCACCCUUGGCUGUGCCUUGCAGCUCCUCCUUGGUGAGCAUUUUCAGUCAAAAAAUAAAAGGGUAAAUCCUGUA